AUGUCGAAAGAAAAAAUCAACAAGGUGCUUAAAGAUUGUAUGAAAGCUUUAAAUUAUAUAAAAUACGAUUUGAAAGUCCAUGAAGUUUCGACUCAAGGCGCGAAUUAUACUUCAAAUUUGUACAAAGUCGAACUCGUCCCCGAAAAUGGUAUAGAAACCCUGAAGCUUUUCGUGAAAAUGGCAUGUCCGAGUGUAAAGAUGCGAAGUACUUUGGAUGAGUGGAAAAUAUACGCCACAGAAAGACUCUUUUACACAAAAUUGGUCGAUACCUAUAGAGAUUUAGAAGAUGAAAGUUAUUUAGAUUUGCAACAUAGACUAGACUUCUGCAAGUUCUAUGCGUGUCAGUCGGUACCUCAUGAAGAGAUGUUGAUCCUUGAAGACCUAACCGCCAACAACUGGAUGGUUUACCACAGAUUCCAGCCUAUGAGUUGGCCUUAUGCUAAAUCUGCCAUCUCGGUACUCGCUAAGUUCCACGCAUUAUCAUUCGCUUUCAGCACAAAGAGAUCAGAUGAGUUUAAGAAAGUUUUAGAAACUCUGAAAACAGAAAUGAAUAUUAAAUCCUUGGCCGGUUAUGUGAAGAAUGCCAAGGAUCUUGCAUUGCAAAACGUAAAGCCAGAACACAAGGUACUUUUGGAAAAGUAUUUAAACGAUUUUGAGACCAAGAUAAAGAAGGUCAACGAACCCAUCGGCCCUUAUGUUAUUACCCAUGGGGUCUUCAGACCGAGUAAUUUGAUGCACAAGGUUAGACAGGAUGGUACAGUGGAUGUCAGGAUCGUGGACCUCCAAACUUUGCAGGGUGCUAGUCCCGUGGUUGAUUUGCUAUAUUUCGUCUUCACUUCAACUGACGAAGAUUUCCGCGAACAUUAUUUCCAGAAGCUAAUAGAUCUUUAUUAUAACGAGUUGCAAGAGGCAAUGAGAAGGUUCAACUUGGAGCCUGAUUACCUGUAUUCCAAAGCAACAUUCGAUUCUGAAAUUAAACAGAAACUGCCGUACGGGCUGACAAUUGCAGUGUUCGCGCUCCCAGUUGCGACGGUGUCUGUGCAAAACGCUCCGAAGGUGGACGAAAACAUGGAACUGUCCGCCUUUUUUGCAGGGAAGGCCAGUGAUUUAUAUGUCAAACGGCUGAACGGUAUCGUCGACGACUUCGUGAAAUGGGGCUUGCUCAAAUAA